UCGGCGUCCCGGGCCCCAAGAUGGCUGCCUUUUGGCGUCUCCAACGCUGUUGAAUGGAGAAAGCUUUAUUGUUCCCUUCGGGCAGGAGUGUUCGUGUCCUCUAUGGCGCUGUCAAUAAAGAACGGCAGUUUGAAUCGGUACUAAACAGGACUAGGUGGAGUCUGAAAAUCGAGAGGAAGGGGUCGAGGGUGGAGCCACACCAUGGAACUCCCUAACUACAGCCAGCAGCUGCUUCUGCAGCUCUAUGCCCUGUGCAAGGAACAGCGAUUCUGUGAUUGUACCAUUUCCGUCGGCAACAUCUACUUCAGGGCUCACAAGCCAGUCCUGGCAGCGGCCAGCCUCCUGUUCAAAACCCUGCUGGAUAGCACGGACGCCAUCUCCAUUGAUGCAUCGGUGGUGAGCCCUGAAGAGUUUGCCCUCUUGCUGGAAAUGAUGUACACUGGCAAGCUACCUGUGGGCAAGCACAACUUCUCUAAGAUCAUCUCUUUAGCAGAUAGCCUGCAGAUGUUUGACGUGGCUGUUAGUUGUAAAAAUCUUCUGACCAACCUGGUAAACUGCUCUGUCCAGGGGCAGGUGGUAAGGGAUAUCUCAGUGCUGUCCUCAGAGGCAGGUGGCAAGGAGUCAGAGAAGCCUCAAGUAGAAGUCCUUCCCUCUGAAGGUGCUGGGGAGCCCUCUUCCUCCCUGGAAGUUUCUGCCAUGCCAGCAGGCCCUGAGACUGCCAAGACCCAGGAAGUAAUCCACAUGGCUACCCAAGAGAUAAAUGCAGACCUUCCCAUUGCCCAGGAGGUUCAGGUGGCUGCAGAGAUCACAGGGGUGACUUCUCAUACAGCUGAAGUUUGUUCCCCUUCCCUUGUUGGACAGAUCCCAAGUGAGGCAAAGGAAGCAGAUACAGAAGCAGAGUGCAAGAGGAAACAGGACCAACUGACUCUCCUGCUAGAACGCGAAAGUGUCUUCUCAGAUGCAGACUUGCUCAACCCAGACAUGCUGAGAAGACUGGAGGGAUGUUCAGAGAUUGAAGGGCCUCAGAAGGAGACCAUAAUGGAUUGUCUCAAGGGUGAAGGAGGAGGCUCAGCAUUCCAGAGAAUACUGGACAAAGUGCACAGAGGGAGCCUGGAUGUGCAGGUGGCCCUGACUCUCAUGAGACUAUACCAGGAGUCUACACCUGCAGAGAAAGUGUCUCAGAUUCAGCCAGAAGGGAGCACAGGAGAGGGAAAGACCUUGUCUGUUCUGUUACUAGAACACAAAGAGGACCUGAUCCAGUGUGUAACACAGCUCAGACCUAUUGUGGAGUUUCUGGAAACAGCCAAGGAGGAAUUCCUGCCAGGCUCCGAAAAAAGGGUGAUUCAGGGCUGCUGUGAGGGUGGAACACCCAAGGAGACGAUAGAGAAUCUGUUGCACAGAGUGACUGAAGAGAAGACCCUGCCUGCCAAGAGUCUGGUAAAGCUCCUCCAGGCUGUGAGGACAGCAUUCCCAAACCUGGGCCUCCUGCUGGACAAUUUGCAGAAAGUAGGGGAGUUACCCGGCACCACAGGCCUGACCAGAGUCACCUGUGAAACUGAAUGGACAGAGGAGCCCAGGAUAUUGUGCAUUCCAGCAGACCAUGUGGAUGAAUCCUCCCCUAGCCCUGGUGCUUACGGAGCCGAGCUGUUGAGAAAGUACCAGGAAAACCUGUCUGAGGUUCUCAUAGACAACCAGGUGCUGCUGAAGGUGAUCUCUAGGGUGAAGAGCUUAGCCCCUGGAGACAGAGAGGUCAUGCAGACCCUCGUGAAACAGGACUCUGGCUCAGGUGGCUUCAAUUCCCUGAUGUCAGCAGCUCUGGAGAGGCGGACUCUCUCUGCAACAGCCAUUUGGCAACUGCUGCUAGCGGUUCAAGAGACUGAGACCUGCCCACUGAAUCUGCUCCUGGAGGAAGUAGGAAGGGAGGCUGGUGCUGGGGCUUUCUUCCGGGCAGUGACUGCCCCAGAGAGCACGGUGUUGGAAACCGUCCUAAGGCAUAGCAAGCUAGUCCAGGAGGCCAUCCAGCAGACGGCGGGCUGUGAGCACCUUUCUUCAGAGGAAGAGCACCUGGCAGAGACCAUGAAGGAGAUACUGAGCAUAUCCUCCGAGACAGUGAGCCCUGAAGCCUCCCUGAGAGUGGUGCUGAGCAAAGCCAUGGAGAAAUCUGUCUCAGCCUCUGUGGUCUGUCACCUCCUAUGCAGUGUCCAUAAGUCUUUCCCUGGCCUGCAACCCGUCAUGCAGGAGUUGGCACAUGUUGGUUUCCUUACCAAGGAAAAUGGAGAGGAGAGGUGGAAGGUGACUGCUGGGCUUCAUCCUGGUGCUGAGGACAAAGCGGAGGAAGCAGCCAAGGCAGCCAGAGAAGACUGCCAGGCCACAGAACAAAAGGAGCAGGGGGAGCCUGGGCCUGUGCCAGAGCCACAGGAGAAAGACACUUCUGCCUCCCCAGACUCUGCCAAGAAGAGCUUCGUCUGCAAAGCCUGUGACAAGAGCUUCCAUUUCUACUGCCGUCUAAAGGUGCACAUGAAGCGCUGCCGGGUGGCCAAGAGCAAGCAGGUGCAGAGUAAGGAGAGCAGUGAGACCAGGGACUCGGAGAAGGAGCUGGAGAAGCGCCAGCCGGACACCCGCACCGAGGCCAGAGAGCCUGAUGCCCCUAAGAAGAAGAAGAAGCGGCUGCCAGUGACAUGUGACCUCUGCGGAAGAGAGUUUGCCCAUGCCUCAGGCAUGCAGUACCACAAGCUGACUGAGCACUUCGACGAGAAACCUUUCUCCUGUGAGGAAUGUGGGGCAAAGUUUGCAGCCAACUCUACCCUAAAGAACCACCUGCGCCUUCACACGGGGGACCGUCCAUUCAUGUGCAAGCACUGCCUCAUGACCUUCACACAGGCCUCAGCCCUGGCUUACCACACCAAGAAAAAGCACUCGGAAGGGAAAAUGUACGCGUGUCAGUACUGUGAUGCUGUGUUUGCCCAGUCGAUCGAGCUGUCCCGUCAUGUGAGGACCCACACCGGUGACAAGCCGUACGUCUGUAGGGACUGUGGAAAGGGCUUCCGGCAAGCCAACGGCCUCUCCAUCCACCUGCACACCUUCCACAACAUAGAAGAUCCUUAUGAUUGCAAGAAAUGCAGGAUGAGCUUCUCCACACUGCAGGAUCACCGGAAGCACAUCCACGAGGUGCACUCCAAGGAGUACCACCCCUGCCCCACAUGUGGGAAGAUCUUCAGCGCCCCCUCCAUGCUGGAGCGGCACAUGGUGACCCACGUUGGAGGGAAGCCCUUUAGCUGUGGGAUCUGCAACAAGGCCUAUCAGCAAUUGUCUGGGUUGUGGUACCACAAUCGGACGCAUCACCCAGAUGUGUUCGCUGCUCAGAACCAUCGGUCGCCCAAGUUCUCAUCACUGCAGUGCACCUCCUGUGACAAGACCUUCUCCAACACCAUCGAACACAAGAAGCACAUCAAAACAGAACACGCAGAUCUGAAGUUCCAUGAGUGCAGCCAGUGUAAGGAGCUCUUCCCCACACCAGCUCUGCUGCAGGUUCACGUCAAGUGCCAGCAUUCAGGGUCACAGCCAUUCCGGUGCUUGUACUGUGCGGCCACCUUCCGCUUCCCUGGAGCCCUGCAGCACCAUGUCACCACAGAGCACUUUAAGCAGUCAGAGAGCACCUUCCCCUGUGAGCUGUGUGGUGAGCUCUUCACCUCCCAGGCCCAGCUUGAUGGCCACUUGGAGUCUGAGCACCCAAAGGUGACAGGCACUGAGACCCAGGCAGCUGCUGCCUCUCACAUGGUUCGGGUGAUCCAAGCUCCAGAACCAGCAGCCUCGGCCGAGCAGGUGAUCACGUUGGAGGAGACACAGCUUGCUGGUUCACAGGUGUUUGUGACCUUGCCAGAUUCACAGACCUCUCAGAACAGCUCCGAACUUGUGGCAGUGACGGUGGAGGAUUUGCUGGAUGGUACUGUCACGUUGAUCUGUGGUGAGGCCAAGUGAGUGGCUUCUUCUUCAGUAGAGGAGUCUGCUGUACCAGCAAGGAUGCUCACAGCCUGUCUCUGCUCUAGCUGCUUGGCUAAGCUCCACCCUGGUGCUCUCACUUGGAAAGCAGAGACUUUGUCAUUUUCCUAGGAUCCACCGUGUCUGAGAUCUCCACGCUGACACCAGUACUACCGCCCUUUGUGGCAGAGAACCUCGGUCCUCCAGACUUCAGCCCAGGCCUGGAUUUCACCUAUCCCAGAAAGUCUGGCUUCUGGAAUUAGAGUCUGAGGGAAUCAGACUGGAGGGGAGCUGGUGGCCAAGAUGGCCAAGGAGAUACAGCAUCCUGGCUGCCCUCAGGAGCAGGGGAGUUACCUGAGUCUGAGCCAACAGAGGGCCACAGAUACCACCAGUGCCUCUGCCAGUGAAGCACCCACCAGCAUGGCCGCCUGUCCUCCCCCAGCCGCUGCUCAGGUUCCCCUUGGAGGCUGCAAAACAUGUGGCCAUGUUAACAGUGCAGGGUCACCAUUGGCAUCCCUGAUCCUCCCUUCUCUGUCUUUCCCAAAACAAAGUUUUGGAGCAUUGCCGCUGGGGGGCAGCUUCAUGUGAGGCCAUCCAGCUGCCUCUGCCUUCCUGGGUGGUCACUGCAUUCCUUCUCAGAGCCUCCGGUGCUCCUCAGCCUUCCAUGCCCGCUCCUAAUCAAGACCUGCUGACUUCCUCUGUACCUUGUGAUAGCCUAAUGAAGCAGCUCCUGGGGGCAGCCUGUGCCUGCAUGUGACAGAUUAGAAGCAUCUGAGGUGGCCUCUGCUUCUCCCGAUGCUGGCCCAUAUGCCUGGUGCAUGGCCUACUCCCUGGGAUUACCCUGGCUGCGUGCUUACUGAAGCACCAUGCUUCUUUCACGUCUGAGUGUCACAGAGCCUUUUAUCUUAGGUUCCUGACAUACAGUCUGGUAAUUGAUGGCUUAUGGAAUCUCGUUGGAAGUGCAAUUAGAUGGAUGUUGGUUCCUACUGCUUGGAGAGAAGGGCUUGCAUCUAUCUUGCUUUUCUAGAAGCCCAAAGAUAGAAGUGGGUUAUCACAGUGUUUGCCCAUCAGACCAGGCUCCCUGUGGCCUGGUGUGGCUGACUCCCCACAGAAGGAAUGCCCUGAUUUGACACUCACCUUUAAGCCACCUGCUCUCAGAGAUAAGCCCACAUCUUCCUGCCAAGUGCGGCUCACAGGAGCAUGUGCAGAGAUGAGGGUCAAGUCUGGUCAUGGUGGAGGUGCAUUGCCACCAUCCCUCAGCUGGCUCACAGGAGGACAGGAGGUAGCAGCUUAACCCGCAGCAGUGUUCAAAGGCUGCUGCCCUUUGGCCUCAGUUUGGUACAGGCAGCACUCACUUUCUAAACUGAAUUCCAGGGAUGGCCAGCCUCCCUCAGCCAGUCCCACCCUCCUCAUUGCAUAUGCAAAUUCCUUGGAUUUAUCAGCUAGGGAAUCUUCCCUUUCUAAAAGUAAAUGUUUUUUAAAGCAAGUCAGCCUCAGAAAUCCAACACUGACCAGAAGAUGGUGCUCAAGCAUCAAGACUUCCCCUUCCUGGCUUCUCCACUGCAGUCCUAACCUGCUGGCCUUCAGACCCGUGCCAGCUGACCAGGGAGUUCUUGGUCUGAAAUGGUGUGGGGUUCCUCAGGCCAUCCGCAUCAAAUAGCCUGCUAAGAGUCCUCUAGAGGCCUCUCCUCUAGAGGCACAUGUGUCCAGGCUUCUAACAGGGACAGUACCUCACAAGCUGUGGGGGACUUAGGAACUGUAGUGAGUGGCACCAAAAAAGUCUCUUCCUGGUGAAAGGCAAAUCUCGCAGAGGUCCUGAGAGAGAAAGUCAAUUUUUAAAUAUGAAGAACUGUAAGUUAGAAACUUGAAUGUCAGGCCUUUCCAGCCUGAGAAACCCAGUCUGUUUUCCUGGGUCCCGAGCGGUGUGCAGGCACUUGCUUCCUUCAGUCACCAGACCAUAGUUGGCUGCAGAGAGCCUUAGGGCAGGUAAGCUUGCUGCUGCCCAUCCUUGGAUGCUCAGCUCUGGAAUCCACACUGCUGGAGACACAGCACUGCUGGAGACACAGCACUGCUGGGUCUGGAAUAUGGGAAUUCCUGUCCUCAGCAAGUUCUGUGCUGCUGGCUAGUGACCUCUGCCCCAGCUGCCUGACUGUUUUACAGUGUCUCUAACGAAGAUGAAAGUCUCCACCAGCUGCCCCAGACACCUGCCUCAUGGGCCUCCGUAGUCCACACUGCGUUUGCAAUAGAAUUGUGGCUUCAUUUGCUUCUUCAUCAUGAAUGCUGCUUGCCUAGCCCUUGGGCAUCAGCUAGAGGAGUCUCCAGGUCCCUUGGAAUUUGUGUAUUUGAGCAGUGAGAGUCCUCCCUAAGGCUCCUGAUCCAGCCACCAAAGGGGAAGGCAGGUGCCAAGCUGGACUAUGGUUGGCCCACCACUUGUGUCUGGACAGCAAGCCGGUGACAAAGCUGGACUCUUCUGUCUUCUAAUCUGUGUGUUGGAAAAGCUUUGAGUUCAGUCAGUACCCAUGCCCGUGAUGUAAGUUCUGGGCCUGUGUGUUGUACUGGCCAUUCUAAGGAAGCCUCUGGGCCAUGCUGACCACAGGAGAUACUUCAGCCUUGUCCCUAGGGCCUGAGCACUGAUGGUUAGGGCUGAGAAGAGGCAGACAGAUGCCAAAUAAGGGGGAAAGAUCUCUGUAGUCCUGGGGAUGGGAGGGUGUGCCUUUCAAUUUCUUGUGCCUGAGAACCUGUACUGACAAAGAUAGAGACGUUAACGGCCCCACUUAGAGUGGGCAGGUCCAUGUCAGAAACAGGAGUGUUUCUUUUGGAACUAGAAAGUUGAACAAUGGUAGAGAUGACAUUGGUUUGCUCCAGUCAGCUCUCCCACCGCAGCUUCAUUCUUCUGGGUCCUGUAUGUCCCACAGAUACUUGGAAGACAUUGGGAGUAAGAGACUUGGGCCGAGGGGGUCAGAGGCUGGUUCAUGGUGUUUGUUGCUGUGGAAACCUUGGGGGCAUUGAGGACUUGCGCUAAAAGCUCAGAAACUCAAACUUACUCCAGUCUAACUGGGCCCACAAAGAGGAGGAGAAUGGUAAGUUCUUUGGGGACUGUGUUGUUGAGGAAAUCAUUCCUUGAGCAAUUUUACAGUGCUUCCAAAUUGUGAAGCUGGCCGCGGUUUCCCUGAGCAAGGCUGCUGGUGUGUGUUUCCACUCAUGGCCAGGACAGCCAUCCCCGUGAGAUGUGUAAACUAGAUUGCAAACUAGAACUGCUCGGCAUGCACUGUGGAGAGAAAUAAAGUCUGUGCUUUGGAAGCAA